UAUCAGCUCGCUGCUGCAUUCCAACGGAGCGGGUCGCGUGUUCUUUCGUCCGUGCUCCGGUCACAUGGUUUACGCGCUCGCAUUUUUGUUUACAUUGCUGCGUUCCGGCGGAAUUCCGCGCUGAACUGAUUACACCUCGGAUCUUCUCGUCGUUGUGUUGUCUGUGAAAGACACUGCUUGUCGUUGUGUUGUCAGUGAAAGACGCUGCUUGUGGUUGUGUUCGUGCGUUGACAGCUCGCAAGAACUGUUCGCUAGGUUGUGGGUGCGAUUUUUUGGUUCUCGGUGAUUGGAUACUUCGAAGCGGAAUCAUGGAUUUGCUGUGCUCGGAACGGAUCAGCCCAGACAAUCGAUUCGCCGAAACUGACCGGGUUGUGUUCGGUGAUGUUCGGGUGUUGAACAAUCUGUUGGAUUCCGAGUGCGGGUAUGUGCCCAGGGUCGAUUAUUUCGAACAAGUGCAAAGUGACAUCAAGCCCUUCAUGAGGAAAAUGGUCACCACAUGGAUGUUGGAGGUCUGCGAGGAGCAGAGAUGCGAGGACCAGGUGUUCCCAUUAGCUGUUAAUUUUUUGGAUAGAUUUUUGUGCUCUUGCGACAUCUCCAGAAGGCAACUGCAGCUAAUUUCAGCAGUCUGCCUUCUCCUGGCAUCCAAAGUCAGGCAGUGCCAUGCUCUCUCCGUAGAACUCCUAUGUUAUUAUUCCGACAACAGUAUAUCACAGUCAGAAAUGAGGACGUGGGAGUUACUGGCUUUAUCCCGGCUGGAAUGGGACCUCUCCGCUGUCACUGGCAGUGAUUUUGUAGACCACAUUUUAGAGCGAGUAACCUGGCCCAAAGACAAACCAAAGAUUAGAUCUCAUUCACAUACCCUAGUUGCAUUAUGUUGUACAGAACCGGACCUGAUGCGAGUGCGCCCCUCGCAGGUGGCGGCGGCCUCCCUGGUGGCGGCCGUGCGGGGGCUCCACCUCUCGACGGGCGAGGAGCUGGCCUGGCAAGUGGGCGCCGCGGUGGGCGCCGACCGGCCGAGCCUCGAGCGGAUGGUCGCCUUCGUCGAGAGCCUCCUGUCCUCGGAGAUGUCCUCGCUCCAGCACCGCGGCCCCGCCCUCGCCUCCAAGCCGCCCCCCGCGCCCUCCGGCGGGAAGCUCAUGGCCGCCGAGAGCGACCACAAGCCCGAAACGCCCACCGACGUCCAGGACAUACACUUUUGAAAAAGGGCCUCAGAGGCACGCCGCUCAGUCUAGUGAAUAGUUAGUCUGUAAGAUAUGAGGCCUGAGCCCGCAUACUACUGUGCUUAGGAAGAACGCCGUGUGAACCUUCAGACCAGUGGCGUGGCGUGCUUUGCGAUAUAUCGAUUUUUAUG